AAGCAAUUGAUGGAUAUCCACAUACCAAGAAGCAUUGAUUCUGUUUAUACUUCUAGUACCAAGCCCAUACCUACUCUUUCUGUUUAUUGAUAGUACACUUCUUUACCAUCAUGUUCAUCCCAACUUUGGAUUACUACUGCAAUGAAGAGCAAAGAAGAUUCUUUUACGAACGUGCAUUGCGCAACGAAAUCUUAGGCUGCUAUGCUCAGCCAGAGCUCCAUGGCUCCAAUGCACACGAUUGGAAUAUCACGGCCACAUACAUUCCGGAAACAAAUCAGUUCGAGCUCCAUUCCCCUUACGACAUCACUUUGUCCAAGCUCAGGAUGGAUUCUUUGGCGAGCACUGCCAACUACGCUGCUGUCAUGGCACGCUUGGUUAUUUAUGAGCAAGAUUUUGGUCUGCACCCGUUCUGUGUCCAAAUCCGAGAUUUGGAGAGUCAGCGUCCAUUGUCUGGCGUAGCCAUUCGCAUGGUUGACCCACAUCAUCAACUUGAAUAUCAUAGUAGCACUGACAAGAGCGGGUUUAUUGUGUUUGAUCGUCAUCGCGCUCCACACGUGUCGUUGUUGGCAAAGUUUUUCCAGGUCAAGCCAGAAACUGGAGAAUACGUCAGACCUUUUGAUUACCAAGUCCAUUAUCCUUACGAUUUCAAGUUGCACCAAGAAAGAGUUUUGAAUCCUGUUGUGAUCGACCAAAAAAGACACAUAGUGGAACGCAAUGGAGCUGUCACAGUUACCUCCCACUCGUCCACCGUCCAACAACGGCCUGUCGCUCUUCACGAGCAAUGCUAUGUCCGAAUUGAGAAUGAAGCACCUAUCAGUGAUUAUACAGCGCGUCAGUAUCGUCACCUCUCGACAGUUGCGAGCGUCUAUGCUUUACUCUUUACCCGUCGCAGAAUGAUGGGGCUGUACCAGCAUCCGUACCUGAAAACGAUGGAGUCUCCCAAUCUUUCUGUGCGAGUCGAUCUAGAUCCCGCUUCUUCAGACCUUUCAAGAGAUGGGCGUCGUCGCGCUUACCAUGACUAUAAUCACGACGUAUUCACCGACUUGGGCCAUGCUUAUCAGUAUUACCUUCCCCUCUUGACGAAGUUUGAAGGAGAAAACGAUUUGCACGCCCAGAAUACUGCCAGAUAUCUCCUCGAGACGUUCCGUGCCGUUGCCGCUGGCAAAGCCGAAUUUAACGAACAUGACAAAUUGACAGUGUCCUACUUUUCUCAGUAUUUGCGAGACCCACGAGCAAGUUUGCCUGUAGCCACGCGAGGUGCAUUACUGAACUCAGAGGUCUUCUUGGGAGCGUUUGGGUUCCGUGCAGCGUACUCCAUUGCCCGGUUACUCGAAGAGCUCGACAAGAACGGCCGAUCGUGGAGCUCGAUGCGCUUGAACAUUAGCCGUGUUUCAAAGGCUCACUCGCAAUACGUUCUUGUUAACAACUUUUUCCAUACUUUGCACCAUGCUACUGAAAUAGAGGUUUCUGUACACCAGCGCAAGGCUUUGCAAACGUUGGCGUACCUAUUCGCCCUACAUGCCAUGGAUAGGGAUAUGUCUGAGUUCGUGGAAUCUGGUUACAUGACGACCACGCAAGCCAAACUGGUCAAUGAGCAAAUAUUCGAGCUGGUGGGUCGAAUUCGACCAGGCGAUAUUCCUGGAACUGAUGCUUUCGGAUUGCUUGGUUAUUAUAACCGCAUCUACGCUGAUGGACGUACUCAUGGAGCCAGCCAUGUUCGCCAACAAACCCGCACAGAGGAGUCUGCGGAAAAGAAAGAGACAUUCAAGCAGCAUACUGUUGUCAAAAACAGCUAUCAAAAGUAUAUGGACUCCUUUAUUGAUCCAGAAGUGGUUAAGCGUCCCAAAAGCGAUUCAAAGCUUUGAAUAUUUCCAAUAUCUACGAUUCGUAUUUUACAUUUGAAUUAAAAAAGGCCAUUAUUGAAUCACUUAAAAACUGUUGAUAACGCUUUGCUCAACGAUGCUAGCCUUUUGAAAUAAACUCCAUCAUAAAUCAAAUUGAAA